AUGGCUAAUGCUUGGAAGAAAGAGAAACCCAUGAGACCCCUAUUUCUUCUCUUCUCUGUCACUCUCGUCCUCAUCUUCAUCUUCUUCUUCCUCGCCUCUCGCCCUUCCUCAAACCCCUCCCCUCCAGGCCUUCACCCCACCAUCAGAACCGAUCUCCCGAUUUACCCAAUCCCACCUUUCAACUGCGAAGAGUGCCCGCAGUCCCACCCUGUAAUCGCUAACGUAGUCGAAGGCCUUAGCUACCCUUUCAUCUACUCGCUCGCCGAUUUGGGUAGUUUGCCCGAGAAGCCGCACAAGGACAUCGUCAGAUUUCUCAAGGGCAAGCCUUUUCGGAGACCCGAUAUAUCGGCGACGAUUCAGGGGGUUUUGGAGAAAUUCAAAGGUGAAGGGAGGGACAAUGGGCUUGUGGUGGACGUGGGUGCCAAUGUGGGCAUGGCCAGCUUCGCCGCCGCGGUUAUGGGCUUUCAGGUGCUAGCUUUCGAGCCCGUUUUCGAAAAUUUGCAGAGGAUUUGUGAUGGCAUUUACUUGAAUCGUGUUGGAGAUUUGGUCACUGUGUUCGAGGCCGCAGCCUCCGAUCACCCUGGCAAUAUCACCUUCCACAAGUUGGUCGGUCGGAUGGACAAUAGUGCUAUUUCAGCCGCUGGUGCAAAGUUGGCCUUCAAGAAUAAGGAAGAGGUGGCAGUUCAAGUAAGAACCAUCCGUCUUGAUGAUGUAAUCCCAGAUUCAGAGCCUGUUCUUCUGCUCAAGAUUGAUGUUCAAGGCUGGGAAUAUCAUGUGCUGAAAGGAGCGUCCAGGUUACUAUCAAGGAAGGCAAGCGAAGCACCCUAUAUCAUUUAUGAGGAAGAUGAACGGCUCUUGCAAGCCAGUAAUAGCAGCACAAAAGAGAUACGAAAUUUCCUACGUGGUGUGGGUUACAAUCAUUGCACGCAGCUUGGUACAGAUGCACACUGCACCAAAUUGGGUUAG